AUGGAAGAGAAAUAUAUCUUGUUCAAGAGAAAACAAUUUAGACUAAGCACUAUACCAACAGGAAGAAACAUAAUAGCACAACUAUUGCUUAUUCAGGCUGUAUACACACAAGUAGAACUAUUAGAAACAAAUAGAAUACAUGAUAUGGUGUUGAGAAAUAACGACAAUGUAGCAAUAAACCCUAAUGGCGAAGUAUCCCCAUUAAAAUUGCACCUAAUGCACAAUUGCGGAUAUAUACAGAAUCUAAGAAAGUACCUGCCAUGGAUAAUAGACGCAGAGUCUAGCCACACUAAAGCAAAUCCACCAAAGCGCAGUAUAUAUUCUCUGUAUCUACUAAAUGGCACACACGCAGAUUCAAACAAAACCAAAUAUUUAAAGGAAUUCAAUCGGCAGCUAGUUAAUAUGUUCCCCUCAGAGGAGGGGCGCCUGUCCAUUGUGUCUGAAAGUUAUGACUCGUUCACUCGGUUUCUGCAAGAGUACACGGAUACCCAAGAUGUUCUCUAUGUUCUGGCCUCUCUAUUCCUUCUCUCUCAGAAUGUGAAAAUCCCGAUUGAAAUAGUGAAUGACCCAGAUAAAGGAAAUAGUUUGGUUCUAAAGAAAAAAGAAAGUAAAACGCCUGAAUUUCGGGUUAAACUGUAUAUGACAAUACUAGAUAAGAAUGGCGCCCCUAUAUACCAGCAGAAAACAGAAGACAUAGUGAACUUCUUCAAGCAUGUUGGGUAUGGAUCUUCUCUAAAGGUGCCAAAGGAGUUUUCCAGAUACUAUAAUAUUAAAGAUCUGUCAGAAGGGAGUUUUCUGUGUAAUCCAAGAUUCCUCAUCCAGUCGUAUAUCUUUGAGUACAUAGACGACAAUUAUAGGUAUAUCGAGUUUGUGUUGGCUAUUUAUGAACUGCUUGAUGAAAAAAUGCCAAUGAACAAGUACUAUCUAAGUCCACUAUCGGAUAAAACGGCAGUAAAUGCAUAUUUCUCAAUGUUCAUGGAAGGCACAGACCGCUCUUCCAUAAAAGUCCCAGAGUACAUCCAAGCAAUAGCCAAUGUUGAGAAGGCAUGUAACGAUUUAUACUCGCAAACACCCGCUGUGCAUAAGGAAGUACUGUCUAUGCACUAUCCGAUUCCUUCUUCGUAUAUCAGAAGAAAAGACAAAAAUAUUGUGACCGAGGACAACUAUAUUGAGCACCUUCUUUUUGACCUGUUUGUCUGCUUUACUUUCAACCAGUAUACAAACAAGCCUACCACAAGCCAUUUACCCAGCCCAUCCAGUCACUUAGUAGAAUUCUUUGAUAAAAACCAGUGCAAAAUACAGAGCGAAGACUCCACACUACGCGGUGACUGGUGCAAGAUGGUUUCAGGCAAUUUGUCUGCUGAAAAUGUUUUUUACACAGAGGAGAAGAACAAAAUUGAGUUUGGGCUGCUAAAUAUGCUAUAUGCCAUAAAGGGGCUGGCUGGUACCAAUAAGGAGCUGGAAGUUGCAAUUAACUGUGUAGAUAGCAUAAUUAAGAGGAAAGGGAUAGAAGAGUCAGAUCAGGCAGAAAUAAAAGAGCGUUUAGAGAAUGUAUUUAAGUCACUCUCGCUAAACAAGAGCAUAAGAGUGGAGUGUGAAAAACUUAAGCUGAUAAAAACAUUUAGUGACAGAGUAGACAUAUUUACAGAUGAAAAUACUUUCAUUGUGGUAUCAUACAGGGAGUAUUCUUUUCAUAGCUAUAGAAUGCUUGAAAUAGAAAUGCCCCACUUUAUUUUUGAUUUUGCAGUUGCACCAACAACACCCUCAGCUCUAAGCACAGUUGAUUUUGGUGCUAUUACCACCCAAUUGCGCAAUACCCCAGUUCCUAAAGCCCAACAAGAUGUCUGUAUUAAAUGGCAUAUUCAGCAGUAUUUGGAUAUUCAAACGAACAGAAUUGCACAUGUAAUGGAAAAAGAAUAUACAUUUACAAAUAAAAUAGCAUUGCUAUUGAAUAGUGGGUACAAUGCUAUUUCUGUUAGUCUACUGCUCUGGGAGAACCUAGAUUAUAUGGAGUAUAGGGCCAAAAUAGUUGAGCUAUUUCUAAUCCACUCUAGUGCAGGCACUCUGGAUAUUACCAACCCCAUGGUGCAGUUUACAUCCAAACUUAUAGACAGCGCGCCACUAGAUGAUCUGAGAGUAAGGAAGAUUAUGCUGCGCGGGUGCCUAUACAACAAGAACUUCGGGCUAUAUUACCCACAGAUUAAGUAUGAUGUAGAAAAAGUGCUAGAGCCAUACAAAGAUUCUGCAAGUGCAGUGUCGUUGAUUGAGAAUCUGUUUUCUCUUGGCAUACCUUCACUAGCCAUUGCUAACUCCUUUGCAUCACUAGCCGCAUUACUAAAUAGUUAUAAAAGCAAUAAGGAGAAAUAUUCCAUCUUUGGAUCAGAACAAGUAUUCAGAAAAAUAAUUAAAAAGCUUUCAGAGAGCACAGAAGACAGUGCAGCUAUAAAAACAGUUCUAAAUACAAUACGAAGCUGUACAGAUGCAACAGGUGAUUACUGCGCAGACAAUAUUUUUAUGGGCUGGCUUUUUUGUAUUGGAUCCUUGAAUGAAAAUAUACCGGUAUUGGUUUUUAAAGCUCUUUAUGAUUACAUAGAGUACAUCAAUCUAACAGAAAAUGUGAAAGUUCUUUUAAGGUCUGGGUAUAUUGAUUUCACAGCCAAGCGCACUGUGUGCCUACUUCUGGAUAACAAAUCAGAAAUAAUGAAGGGAGCGGAGGAUCUUUCUUUUAAAACAGGAAAGUAUCAUAAAAUACUAAGGUUUACUCGAAGUUUCUGCUUAACAGAAUGCCCCUAAAUUGGCUGUGUAUAGUGGACAGGCGAAUAAUAUCUUAUAAACAGCCCCGCACAUCUAUGCAGUUUGCAUUAAAUGGGUCUAUUUAGUCUUUUUUGUGUGCGAUUUGAAAUAAAUA